GUAGUGGACUCAGUGAACGCCUCUUUCAUCUGAAAUCGCUGCUUUCUCUUUCGAUUUUGAGUUCGCUUCUCUAGCCAUUGAUAGGAUACGAAACGAUACUCUGAAGCCAUGUUUUCGUCUCUCUCAGCUCCCUCCUCACUUUCUUCUUCGUUGAUUUCAUCAUUCGUCGCCGUCAAAGCGCCUCCGGUCACCGGACCUUUGAAUCCCCGUCGAGAUCUUCUUUCUGUUCGUAUCAGGGCUAGCUCGAAACAGAAUGGUUCGGAUUAUUGUUUUCCCGAUAAGCUGAAAUCUUUUGCCAAAUCAGCGAUUCUAAUCGGCGCUGCUGUUUCCAUGACCGGGAAGUUCUCAGCUUUACCGGUCAAAGCGGAAUCUCCGGUUACGACCACCGAAGAAACUCUCUCGGAAGUGAAAGAAGAGAGAAAUGCGUCUGACAUCGAACCCUCUUCGCCAUUGUCCGAGCUUCUAGACUCCACCCCUGAGGCGGUCCAGACGCUGAGAUCACUCCUUCAGCAGAAGCUCGAGAAGGGAGAAGAUGAGGAAGCUCUCAAGCUCUUAGAGAGACUAGUAACCGCACAACCAGAUGAAACAGAGUGGAAGUUCCUAAUGGCGAGGCUACUGGGAGAGAUGGGCCGUCCGGAAAACGCACGCCAAAUGUUCGAGGAAAUUCUCAGACGAAACCCGCUCUGUUUCGAGGCUUUGUUCGAGAAUGCAUUGCUCAUGGACCGGUCAGGGGAAGGAGAUGCGGUGAUGCAGAGGCUGGAAGAUGCGUUAGCUGUGGCGCAAGCUGAGAAUAUGGUGAAGGAAAUGAGAGACGUGAGGCUGAUUAUUGCGCAGAUACAGUUCUUGCAGAAGAACGUGGAUGAUGCAUUGAAGAGCUACGAGGAGCUGACGAAAGAGGAUCCAAAGGAUUUCAGACCGUAUUUCUGUCGAGGUAUGAUCUAUAGUUUGCUUGACAAGAACGUCGAAGCUAAGGAACAGUUUGCGAAAUACAGGGAGCUUUCUCCCAAGAAAUUUGAAGUGGAAGGGUAUUUGAGAACUCCGUUAUCUAGGAUGAAGCUCUUUGGUAGUGGUGAAGAUAACUGAGUUUAAGUUGGAAUAGGUCUCACAUUUGAAGAAUAAGACAUGGAAGACUAGAUUGUUUUCCUGAGAGAAUAUUAAGCAAGUGUUGUAUUUGUUGAUUUGAAAAACUCACCCAUUUAUAGUUUAUUUUGUUUCUUCUUUGA